CCCUGGACAGGCUCCUCCUCCUCCUCCACCCUGCAUUGCAGUGCUCAAAACCGAACAGUCGCCAUUCAAAUUCACACAGUCGCCAGAACAAGAACAGCUUUCAACCGGACAUAAACAGCGCAGUCAUGCUGUACCUCGCUUUGUUUUUCAUCUCCGCAGCCGUCGCCACCCCUCUGUUGGGUACUGAACAGUGUGCCCGUGGUCCUCCCUACUGGUGCCACAAUGUGAAGACUGCCUCUAUCUGUGGCGCCGUGGUCCACUGCCAACAGAACGUAUGGAACCAACCCCAGAUGAAAUCUGUGCCGUGUGACCUGUGUAAGGAGGUGUUGAUUGUGGUGGACCAGCUGCUGAAAGACAACGCUACUGAGGGCGAGAUCCUGGGCUACCUGGAGAAGGCCUGUGCCUUGGUUCCUGACAAGAAUCUGUCUGCAGAGUGUAAGGAGCUGGUAGACAGCUACUACCCUAUCCUUAUGGGUAUCAUCACUGGAGAACUGGAGGAUCCUCAGGUGGCUUGUGGUGCCAUGGGGCUGUGUGACUCCCAGCAGGCAGCUCUGGCCAGGCUGGCUAAGCUCAUGUCCAAUGAGAUCCCCCAGCUCACGUCCAAUGAGAUCCCCCAGGUAGACCUAGCCCAGAGGGUCGCCCCCUUCCUCCUCAACGUCCCUGGGCUCCUCUACCCUCAGGCGCAGGAUAACACCAAGCAGGAACCUGCCGCGGCACAGGAGUCUGGAGAUGUGUGUGAGGACUGUGUGAAGUUCAUCACAGACACUCAGGAGGAGGCGAAGAGCAACUCUACUUUUGUCAACUCUCUGAUCGAGCAGAUCCAGGACCAGUGUGACCUGCUGGGGCCUGGUAUCUCUGACCUGUGCAAGCAGUACGUCAGCCAGUAUGCCCCUCUAAUCGUCCAGCAGCUGAUGUCCAUGGAACAGCAACCCAAGGAUGUCUGUACCUUUGCUGGCUUCUGCUCUGCUGAUGUGAAGAGCUCUGUCCCCAUGAUGAAGCUGGUGGCUGCCAAAACCAUCCCCGCUGUCAAACUGGUUCCUGCCACUAAGAUGGAGGCUGUCAAGCCUGCCACGGACAUGGUGCGUGCCCGUGACUCCCCUCAAUGUGCCAUGUGUGAGUUCAUGAUGAAGGAGUUGGAGAGCAUGCUGCAGGAUGAGAAAACGGAGCAAGAUGUGGUGCGUGCUGUGGAGAAGGUGUGCGCUGUGCUGCCCUCCUCCCUGUCGGUCCAGUGUAAGGACCUGAUUGAGGCCUACGGCCAGGCCAUCAUUGAGCUGCUGGUGCAGGAGGCCGACCCGAAGACGAUCUGCACCGUGUUGGGGCUCUGUAAGGACGCCAGCCGCGCCUUCAUCCCGGUGCUGAACAUGGCCCGGGUGGAGGCGGGUGGGUUCUGUGAGGUGUGUAAGGUGGCUGUGCAGUACAUCGACGGCAUCCUGGAACAGAACGCCACAGAGGCACAGAUCGAAGACGCAGUCAGGAAAGUCUGCAGCUUUGUCCCGGAGACCGUGAGGAGCGAGUGUGACCAGCUGGUUGAGCAGUAUGAGCCCAUGCUGGUUCAGCUCCUCCUGCAGAUGUUGGACCCUGACUUUGUCUGCAUGAAGUUGGGGGUCUGUCCUGAGGCAGUGCAAAGGCUUCUGGGUAUGGAGCAGUGUAGCUGGGGACCCGCCUUCUGGUGCAAGGACAUGGACUCCGCGAAACGCUGCAACGCGGUGGCACACUGCAGGCGUCACGUGUGGGAAUAGAGUGGAGGAGAAGAAGUGGAGAAGACCUCCCUAAACGUUCGGACCCUUUAGGAAAUUAAGGAGAAACACUAGCGCUGCUUAACUUUUAAAUCAAAUAAAACUUUUCUUCUUUUUUUUUAAACAUGUGGAAUUUAAUUUUUUUUUUUUGCUCUUGUCUAAAUUAAUUUACCAGGCAGGUUUGAGAGGAGGGAGUUGAUGCCUUUUCAGUUCAUGUGGGGGAAGAGGUGGUUUUUGGGGCUUCGAGAGGGAAUCUACCUGCCUGACUGUUUUAGUUACUGGGACAAACCUCCAAAGCGAUACUGUACUGAUUAUUUUACUAUUCCUGGUUUGUGUAAAGAUUUCGAUUUUCACAUGUUUAAGCCUUGUCCUGGACUGAAAAGCACGGCUUGCUUCCUUAGUUCAAGAAACUGGCCCAUUUCAAGUACGUGAAGCAGACGGGCGAGAAGAUAAAUACUGCUGUGUCUGUGUGAAAGAGUGCUUGGAUUCUUCCAGUUGAGUCUUAGUGGGUCCUUUUGCCCUCUAGCCUACUCGUUGCCCUACCUACCUUUUGCCCUCUAGCCUACUUGUUGCCCUACCUACCUUUUGCCCUCUAGCCUACUCGUUGCCCUACCUACCACCAUCCCUCUAGCCUACUCGUUGCCCUACCUACCACCAUCCCUCUAGCCUACUCGUUGCCCUACCUACCACCAUCCCUCUAGCCUACUCGUUGCCCUACCUACCACCAUCCCUCUAGCCUACUCGUUGCCCUACCUACCACCAUCCCUUGCUGUGACGGUAUAUAUCUUACCUUUCUGGGAUGUUUUCUGUUUAACAAAGUCUCAUCUCCUUAAAGCAAAUUUAAAUCUCUAGUUUGUAGAAACUGUUGAAUUGUGUAGAAUACUUUAGUUUUAUUAUUAAAUUGGGUGGUUCUGAAAUGGCACCUUUGUCCCUAAAGUAGUGCAUUUGAUAGAGGGAGUAAGGUGCCAGUUUUUUUUUUUUUAUUUUUAUUUUUUAGUCACGACCUGUGUACAUUUUUGUUGGCUCGUCCGUUGCCGUGGGUGACGAAUCCACUGUAGCACCAAGGGGUGUGGUCUAAAAUGUGACUCACUGCCCUGUCCCCCUAAUGGCACCUUGGUCCCUAUGCCCUCUGGUCAAAAGGAGUGCACUAUAGAGGGAACGAGGUGCCAUGUGGGACGGAGACAUCUCUAGCAACAUGCUCGUGUGCCCCCCCCCCCACCCCGUCAAGCCUGUUUUGCAGUGUCCCACUCAGCCAACCAAUGUGCUGACUGACCUCACCCUGUUUAUGCUAAUCAAUGUUUCUAAUGUAACGAUGGAGAGCUUGUUGUGAUCAAUAAUCAAUGGCUGACGGCCUCGCUGUUCAGCCUGAAACUAAUCGAUCGGUCAAUUUUAACUGAAAUAAAAUGAUCCCAAAUCCA